AUGUCUGAUACGUACAACUUCGCCGAACUACGAGAAGUCGCAUCAUCAAUUAUGGAAUCAGACUCACCUGACUCGCCCGCCGGAAACCGUGGUCUACGACCCCCUACCACGCCAGUUCCAGAAACAAAACAACACCUGCAUCGAACGCGACCUCGCAGCGUGAACCUAAAUGAUAUCCGAAAGAUGGUUCCGAAACUGUCGAAAGAUAACGCGGAUCGAUGGUUUAAUAUCUUUGAAGAAGCAGUGGAUAGCAAGAAGCUCUGGUGGAUUAUGCAGGUCCUGAACAACCGGACGCAUGCGAACAGAGCUAUACUGUUCUUAUUCGUCAACUUGUUCCCGACAGUGAACACGACCUCCUUGACAGUAAUACGGCAAAGAAGCACUACCGCAAACCAGAGGAUAUCUCCAUUCGGGACGCCCACGACCAGCUUCGCAGAAUGGCACGAAAACUACGAGCGAGGCUACCACAUAUGCGAGAAGCUUGAACGAGAAGACAAUAUUUAUAACUUCUUCAUCGCUCCCGGACGAAUAGAAGCAGUACGAGAUACGCUUGAUGCCCAAGGAGUCUUCGAAGAGACAUUAACGACGCCCUUGAAACGCUGA